AUGGUGAAUGCUGGUUCACCUGCAGAUCUGGAAAUUGGAGCUGAAGUUGUACCCACUUUGGUAACAAUCGAUCAACACCAUCCUUUGUUUCUUCAGCCCAAUGAUACACCAGGUAGUUCCCUAAUUUCGAUUAAACUAACAGGCCCUGAGAAUUAUGCAUUAUGGAGCAGUUCAAUGCGAAUUAGUCUGUUAGGUAAAAGCAAGUUAGGAUUUGUGGAUGGUCGAUAUCCUAAGGAGAAAUUUGAUGCUUCUCUUCAUGAUUUGUGGGAGAAAUGUAAUGCUAUAGUCCUUUCAUGGAUUAUGAAUUCUGUUUGUACUGAAUUACUUAGUGGAAUUGUAUAUGCUACAAGUGCAUAUAAGGUGUGGACUGAUUUACAAGAACGAUUCGACAAGGUUAAUGGAUUUCGAGUCUUCUUUCUUCAUUCACAAAUUUCUACUCUUAACCAAGGAAUUUCUUCUGUUUCAACCUAUUUCUCAAAACUAAGAGAACUAUGGGCAGAAUUUGAUGCAUUGAUGUCAUGUCCUGGAUGUAAUUGUGCUGAGUCUAGGAAAUAUGUGGAACACUUUAGUAUCAACGUCUUCUUCAAUUUCUGA